GUCUGGUCCGCGCCGGGCAGCGGGCGCAGCAGCGGGCAGGGCUGACGGCAGGCACGGAGGCAGAGCCCCGCCGCGCGCGCCCCGGCCCGCGCCCGGCGCCGUGCCCCAGCCCGCCCGCGGGGCGCCCACCUGCCGCCCCGACGGGAGGCCCCCAGCGGUCAGAGCCGCUGCCCGGGGCCGGGCGCCCGCGGCGGCACCAUGAGUCCCCGCUCGUGCCUGCGUUCGCUGCGCCUCCUGGUCUUCGCUGUCUUCUCGGCCGCCGCGAGCAACUGGCUGUACCUGGCCAAGCUGUCCUCGGUGGGGAGCAUCUCGGAGGAGGAGACAUGCGAGAAGCUCAAGGGCCUGAUCCAGAGGCAGGUGCAGAUGUGCAAGCGGAACCUGGAGGUGAUGGACUCGGUGCGCCGCGGCGCUCAGCUGGCCAUCGAGGAGUGCCAGUAUCAGUUCCGGAACCGGCGCUGGAACUGCUCCACGCUCGACUCCCUGCCCGUCUUCGGCAAGGUGGUGACGCAAGGGACUCGGGAGGCGGCCUUCGUGUACGCCAUCUCUUCGGCAGGUGUGGCCUUUGCAGUGACACGGGCAUGCAGCAGUGGGGAGCUAGAGAAGUGUGGCUGUGACCGGACGGUGCAUGGGGUCAGCCCGCAGGGCUUCCAGUGGUCAGGAUGCUCGGACAACAUCGCCUACGGCGUGGCCUUCUCCCAGUCCUUCGUGGACGUGCGGGAGAGAAGUAAGGGGGCGUCGUCCAGCCGCGCCCUCAUGAACCUCCACAACAACGAGGCUGGCAGGAAGGCUAUCCUGACACACAUGCGGGUGGAGUGCAAGUGCCACGGGGUGUCGGGCUCCUGUGAGGUAAAGACGUGCUGGCGAGCCGUGCCGCCCUUCCGCCAGGUGGGCCACGCACUGAAGGAGAAGUUCGACGGCGCCACCGAGGUGGAGCCGCGCCGCGUGGGCUCCUCCAGGGCGCUGGUGCCGCGCAACGCGCAGUUCAAGCCGCACACGGAUGAGGACCUGGUGUAUUUAGAGCCCAGCCCGGACUUCUGCGAGCAGGACAUGCGCAGCGGCGUGCUGGGCACGCGGGGCCGCACGUGCAACAAGACGUCCAAGGCCAUCGACGGCUGCGAGCUGCUGUGCUGCGGCCGCGGCUUCCACACGGCGCAGGUGGAGCUGGCCGAGCGCUGCAGCUGCAAGUUCCACUGGUGCUGCUUCGUCAAGUGCCGCCAGUGCCAGCGGCUGGUGGAGCUGCACACGUGCCGGUGACCGCGGCAGCCGCACCCACCUCGCGGCCCGGGGAAGGCCGGUAAUUUAAAAAGUCCCCCUGCACCUACCCCAAAAGAUACUGGCUGUAUUUUUUGUUUUGGUUUGGUUUUUGGGUCCUCAUGUUAUUUAUUACUGAAAGCAGGCAGACGGCCCCGAGGGCACCAGCCAGGGCCUCUCUGAAGCCUGGGCCUCUGUGGCUGCUACUGACCAAAGGGACCUUUGCUCAUGCCUCUGGCUGUCCACAUGUGGCCACUGCUGACCACUCGGGUGCUAUCCGUAUUUGUUUUCCUACUUGCAGACUUCAGCAGGGUGACAAGGAGUGUCUGCACAUGCCGACUUACCCUGCCAUCUCGGGAAGGAGGUGGUCCUAAGGCAGGGGGAAACCAGUGCCAUCUUGAUGGAAGCUGUACCCCUAUACACACACCCGGCCCCUGGCAGCUUCGGCCUGGUAGCCCUGUCUCUCCAGUCCCCUGGAAAAGGGCAGGUGCCAGCUCAAGGGCAAAGGGUUCGUUUCGGCCCUCCAUGAGCAGCUGGAGGUCAGUCUCUGUGGGAACUUCCAGGCAGGAAGAGCAGGUGAGAUAAGGGCCAGAGAAGGCUCCAGUCGUGCCCUGGAGCCCAGCCCACACAGCCUCCCCAUCAAAGAGGGGAAGCUACCGGUCCCUGGUCCUUCCCAGGCACCAGCUGUCAUCCUGGAUCAGAGGUCCCAGCCGGGCCUCUGCAGGGACACCUCUAUGUGUGUCUCCUCACGGUGCCGCUCCUCUGUGAGAGGAAGAAUGGAGAUCACACACACAGAGGAUCCAGCCGGUUAAAAAGCCCUUUCCCACCCAUUACUUCCCUCACUGAACCACAUUUCCUAAGUAAAUACUAUGUUCUAGGCCCUAUCCUGGGCCAGCUCAUAGGGUGAUCACAAUAGUCCUGGGAUGCGCAAAGACAAACAUGCUUGUGCCCAUCUCACAGCAUUGGGUACAACACUCAGCCAGGUCCCAGAGCGAGCUGGCUGCAGAGGCACAGCCAGAAGAGCCCUGAAGCCAAGGAACUGCAGGUCUCCUUGGGUCUGAGCCUUGGGGAGCGGGCACCAGCUGGAGAAGAGGGGCCAGGAGGCAGCAGGAGCCACAGACUAUAGGCUGGACCUUGCGGCCACUUGGUUCCAAGCAGCACAACAAGCUCCGAGGGAAGCGGUGGACAGCUAGAGGGCUGAUUAAGUGGGGUGUCAGCUGUUGAGGUACCCCUACCCCCGGGUACCCUGGGCACUGAAGAAGAGUCCCCCAGAGAAAGCACCAGCAGCCUGGGCCUGGCCCCAGCCAAACCGGCAGGAGCACAGCCCAAACUUCCAUGAGCAGGACACACACAGCAAGACUUGUCCCGACCGCACUGCUGCUUCUCAGGAGGGCUCCCAACUCCCAGCGGAGCUUGCUGGAGGCCCAGUCUCCAAGCUGCCCCUUUAAUGGGGCUCCAAACUCCUGGUUUGAGGUCUUGCUUGGGCUCUGGGAUCCCCACUAGAGAUUCUCAGACCCCAAGUCUUGGCUCCAGGGUUCCAUGUCUGAAUUCAAAGUCCCAGACUGAGAAUACGGGCUCUGGUAGAAACUCUCCUCCAGGCCUUGUGGUUUGUGCCUCCUGGUGUUGGCUCCCUCACUAAAAGAGGGUCAACACCCUUGGCCCCCAGCCAAGCUCUCUGCUCAGUGUCCAUCCAAGAAGGCCAAAACCAAGUGAGAUGCUGCAGCCACACUGGAAUGAGGGGUAAUCUUGGGGCGGGCAGGCUCUGAUGUGGAUGAAAGCUGAGCCCACUAAGUGUCCCCACAGAGGCUCAGCUGGGCUCACUGCUCCUCAGGCAGUCUCUGUUCAGCUGUCUGCUCACUGCCAGGGAAAAUGCUAUCCCUCACUGGCAGAGGCCAGAGCCAGACAAAGGAAGCAGGGGAGACCCUCCCCCUCCAGAGUCAGGGCAGAGCCACUCUACUCCACCCCCAAACCCUGUUACCAGAACCAGGGGACUGGCAGGCCCAGGUUGGAUGCUGGUAUUAAAGAUACUGUCCCUAGGAUUAGAAGUAAGAGGGUCUGUGUCCAUUCACAGGCUUCACCUCUCCACCUGCCUAGGGGCUCUCUCGAAGCUGCCCAGCCUGGGGUUCUCAAGGGUAUAACCUCUAUAAAGCAGACUAGAGCCUAGGAAGCUCUGCCCAGCCCUACUGCUACCACCGCCAGCACCCCAAAGGCCAAAGGGACCCACAACCACAGGAAAAUGGAGCUUCCUUGGACACACCUAGCUCCCAACCAUCCCAAAUAAAGAGGGGAGAACCAGCACAUGCCUGAUGUAGCCCACCCACUCUGGAAGCUGGCCAGAGGAUCCAAGUCCUGCCCGAAACCCUCUCCACUAGUCUCCACAAGACAAAGAUAAUGUCCUCUGAGGCCUAGGGCUGGAUAAGCCCCAGCUCUGGAUGCUGCUACUCCCUCUGCUGCCCUACCCCAUCUUCUAAUUUUUAUACUAGGCCCCUUGCCAUUGUAACAUCCCCAUGAAAUAGUCUGAUGCACGAUAAAAUGAUUAUUUCUUUA